GAUACCUGGUCUGUUUUCUAUCCAUCCAUCCGUUGAAGAGAGAGGUUUCUUUCUUGGGGUAGAUUUUUAAAGCACCCAUUUCUGUCCCCGGGGGUGGAACAAGCGAACACACACACACACGUGUACACGUGCUUUGAAACUUAAAGGGUCGGUUUCCAGAGAAACUGCGAUGGAGUGAGCUGAUCAAAACCGAGGGACGCCCUUGAAGCCGGUCUGUUCAAGAGAGAUUCCAGCAAUGCCUUUCUUAAUCUGGUUCAACCUCCUGCUGCUCUCCCCGAACGUUGGCGCUUCGAAGACCUGCUUCCCAGGGUGCCACUGUGAAGUGGAGAGCUUCGGCCUCUUCGACAGCUUCAGCCUAACCAAGGUGGACUGCAGUGGGAUCGGGUCCCAUAUCGUGCCUGUCCCCAUUCCUCUGGAUACGACCUACUUGGAUUUGUCGUCAAAUGACCUGGACUCCAUCAACGAGUCCAUGUUGACCGGCCCCGGAUAUACCACGCUGGUUAGCUUGGACUUGAGCUACAAUAAGAUCUCCAAGAUCUAUCCCACCACUUUCUCCAGACUCCGCUAUCUGGAAUCUUUGGAUCUGAGUCACAACUCUUUGGUCGCCCUUCCGGACGAAUGCUUCUCGGGGUCGCCUUUGGGGGAUGUGGACCUCAGCAACAACUUCAUCCUGGACAUCACCACGAACAUCUUUGCAUCCAAAGGUCAAGGGAAGCCCAUCAACGUGGACCUCUCGAACAACUUGAUCAGCCUUGUUUCCGGACACCAGGGCAGAGCCAUUCCCAAUAUCCAGAGCUUAAACCUGUCUGGAAACAGGUUGAAGAGGAUCCCCGACCUUCAAGGGAUCCCUCUCCGGUACCUCAACCUUGACGGGAACCCGGUGGCGGCCGUUGAGAAAGGGGCAUUUCGGGGGCUGCAGGAUUUGAUCCACCUGUCGCUCGGCGGGAUUCCCGACCUGGUGGAGAUCUGGCCGUACGCCUUCAAAGACAUGCCGGCUCUCCAAGUGCUCGAUUUGUCCAACAACCCCAACGUCAAAUCCUUGAAUGCGGAGGUUUUCUACAGCCUCAGUUCUUUGCAGGAGCUCAACCUUUCUGGCACAGGGGUGGCGAACUCCGUAUCGAAAACGAUGCUGAAAUUUCUGCCUUCCAUCAAAAGCAUCACCCUCGGGAAGGACGUAAAGUGCAUUAAGACAAUCCGGGAAGGCCAGUACCACAGACAAACCGGGCUGGCCAAGAAAGAGAUUCUAAGUUGUCACGACAGUCAUGGUUCAGUAGCAGCAGCACCCUAUGCUUUGUGACAAGGGUCAAGGAGAUUGUGUGGAUGCCUGGACUUCAUUAAGCCUCAAAUGUGCCUUCUGUAAAAACUGUUAAUUUAUAUAUUUUGUAUAAUUCAAUACUUGAUUACAAUGAUUGAUUGGAGACA